AGAUUAAGACUGAAACGGUUAAUCAGGUUAGGGGCUCAGAGAAGAGGGGCUGGAAGUGCAUAAAAGCGAAACCCACAAGAAGGGUCCCCGGCACCCAUUUAUCCUCUGCAACAACAACAAAGUGCUCCUGGGCCCAAUAAGUGUCGUGUUGACAGUCCCGUGGAUGGCUCUCCCUGCCGCACACCUCAGCUUGCCUCCGCUGGAUGUCACACCGUCGCCUUGACUGGGAGAUCAGGCAGAGCGCUGCAGUCAGUCACCGGAUACGAGACAUACACAGCGCUGCACGAUCUGCUCGCGACCAGCCACCUCGGGCUGCUGCGGACAGAGUGACUGGGAUUAUUCAGCCUCGUAACACCUCAAUCCGCGUGGAUUUUCCUCUUUUCUCGGUGCCCAUGUGCUGACUUCAUCAGGCUCCCACAUAGCUGCAAAUGAAUCUUCAGCUGCUCUUGUGUAGCUCAGCGCCCAGAUAGUCCCCUCCCCUCGCUGCGGGCGAUACGGGACUACGGAAACCAGGAUGCCAGCCCCUGGGAGGGCGGGGAGCCUGAAGGAUCCGGACGUGGCCGAACUGUUCUUCAAGGAGGAUCCAGAGAAGCUUUUCUCUGACCUCCGGGAGAUCGGCCAUGGCAGCUUUGGGGCCGUCUACUUUGCGCGGGAUGUGCGAACGAAUGAGGUGGUGGCGAUUAAGAAGAUGUCUUAUAGUGGCAAACAGUCUAAUGAGAAAUGGCAGGACAUCAUAAAGGAGGUCAAGUUUCUCCAGAGGAUCCGACACCCUAACAGUAUAGAGUACAAAGGAUGUUACCUUCGUGAGCACACAGCAUGGCUGGUGAUGGAGUAUUGCCUUGGCUCAGCCUCUGACUUGCUUGAAGUACAUAAAAAACCUUUACAAGAAGUUGAGAUCGCUGCCAUUACACAUGGUGCGCUGCAGGGGCUGGCAUACCUUCACUCCCACAACAUGAUCCACAGGGAUGUAAAAGCAGGUAACAUCCUGCUGACCGAGCCCGGCCAAGUCAAACUGGCAGACUUUGGCUCGGCCUCCAUUGCCUCGCCUGCCAACUCCUUUGUGGGAACGCCAUAUUGGAUGGCCCCGGAGGUGAUUCUAGCUAUGGAUGAGGGCCAGUAUGACGGGAAAGUGGAUGUGUGGUCCUUAGGCAUUACCUGUAUAGAAUUAGCCGAGAGGAAGCCUCCAUUGUUUAAUAUGAAUGCAAUGAGUGCCUUAUACCACAUAGCGCAGAAUGAGAGCCCCACACUACAAUCCAGUGAAUGGACGGAUUACUUUAGAAACUUUAUAGAUUCUUGCCUUCAGAAAAACCCUCAAGACAGGCCACAUUCUGACGACAUGCUGGGUCACGCGUUUCUGCAGCGCGAACGUCCAGAUUCCGUGUUGAUGGAUCUCAUUCAGAGAACCAAGGAUGCAGUGCGAGAGCUGGACAACCUGCAGUACCGCAAGAUGAAGAAGAUACUCCUUCAAGAGGCUCAUAACGGGCCCACCACAGAAGCCCAGGAUGGAGAUGAGGACCUCGAGUUAGGCGGAGGUCGCACAGGAACGGUGAACAGCGUGGGCAGCAAUCAGUCCAUCCCCAGCAUGUCCAUCAGCGCCAGCUCCCAGAGCAGCUCGGUCAACAGCCUGAACGAAGCGGCUCAGGACAGCCGCAGCGAGCUGGACCUGAUGGAGGGAGACCACACGGUCAUGUCAAACAGCUCCGUGAUUCAUGUCAAACCGGAAGAAGAGGAGAGUCCCUCUGGCGAGCAGGCAGGCACCAGUGAACCUACUGAGCCACAGCCAGAACCAGCUCAGGCCCCAAAGAAGCACUAUCGCAACAGAGAGCACUUUGCUACCAUACGCACAGCAUCACUCGUGACGCGCGAGAUGCAAGAACACGAGCAGGACUCAGAGCUGAGGGAGCAGAUGUCGGGUUACAAGCGCAUGAGGCGGCAGCAUCAGAAGCACCUGAUGGCCCUGGAGAACAAGCUGAAGGGAGAGAUGGAUGAGCACCGGCUGAGGCUCGACAAAGAGCUCGAGAGUCUGAGGAACAACUUCACUCAGGAGAUGGAGAAGCUGCUCAAAAAGCACCAAGCAGCACUGGAGAAAGAUCUCAAGACGUUUACCAACGACGAGAAGAAGUUUCAGCAGCACAUCCAGGUCCAGCAGAAGAAGGAGCUCAGCAGCUUUUUGGAGUCACAGAAGCGGGAAUACAAACUACGCAAGGAGCAGCUAAAAGAGGAGCUGAGCGAGAACCAGUCAACUCCCAAAAAGGAGAAGCAGGAGUGGCUGUCCAAACAGAAGGAAAACAUUCAGCACUUUCAGGCAGAAGAGGAGGCCAACCUGCUGAGGAGACAGAGGCAGUACCUGGAACUGGAGUGUCGGCGCUUCAAACGGAGGAUCCUCAUUGCCAGACACAACGUGGAGCAGGAUCUAGCUAGAGAGGAGCUGAACAAGCGGCAAACUCAGAAGGACCUGGAACACGCGAUGCUGCUCAGGCAUCACGAGUCCAUGCAGGAGCUGGAGUUCAGGCAUCUGGCGACCAUCCAGAGGGCCCGCGCUGACCUGAUCCGAACCCAGCACCAGACGGAGCUCACCAACCAGCUGGAGUACAACAAGAGGAGGGAGAGGGAGCUGAGGCGCAAGCAUGUCAUGGAGGUCCGGCAGCAGCCCAAGAGCCUGAAGUCGAAGGAGCUCCAGAUUAAGAAGCAGUUCCAGGAUACGUGUAAGACCCAGACACGGCAGUACAAGGCGCUCAGGAACCACCUGCUGGAGACCACGCCAAAGUCUGAGCACAAGGCCGUGCUCAAGAGGCUGAAAGAGGAGCAGACCCGGAAGCUGGCCAUCCUGGCCGAGCAGUACGAUCACUCCAUCAACGAGAUGCUCUCCACCCAGGCCCUACGGUUAGACGAGGCUCAAGAGGGCGAGUGUCAGGUUCUGAGGAUGCAGCUGCAACAGGAGCUGGAGCUGCUCAACGCCUACCAGAGCAAGAUCAAGAUGCAGACGGACGCCCAGCACGACAAGGAGAGGAGGGACCUGGAGCAGAGGGUGUCCCUGCGGCGGGCUCUGCUGGAACAGAAAAUUGAGGAGGAAAUGCUCUCCCUCCAGAACGAGCGCUUGGAGCGAAUCCGCUCCCUGCUGGAGCGCCAGGCGCGGGAGAUUGAGGCUUUCGACUCAGAGUCGCUGCGGCUGGGGUUCAGCAACAUGGUGAUCACCAACCUCGCUCCGGAUUCCCAAGGAGGCUGGGGGGGCGGAGGAGGUGGUGGAGGAGGCCAGGGAGGUCAGGGUGGAAGCCACUGGCCCGGAGGUGGCGGAGGAGGCGGCCAUCACAGUCAUCACCAGGGCGGCUCCAGUUCGCAGCAGCCCUGGGGUCACCCGAUGCUUGCAGGCGGCCCGCCUCCCUGGAGCCUCCAUCAUCCCGGCGGAGGGAGUCAGAGAAGUAGUCAGGGAGGCGCGGGAGGGGUGAGGAACAGCCCACAGGCUAUGAGGAGGACGUCAUCGGGGGGGAGGGGUGAACAGGCCAUGAGCAGGAGCGCCAGCAUCACUUCUCAGAUCUCCAACGGUUCCCACCUGUCAUACACCUAAAAAAAAAAAAAUAGAUAAACACACACAGAAGAAACACAAUCGCUGUAAUUAAGACACACUAAGCACACCGCACGCAUAUUGUCGUUUCCCACCACACACCUCGCGUUGCAGACUGGUGAGACCCGGGCGGUCUGUGGAAACCCAUGAGAGCUGAAGCCAAACUGAAUGCCAUUUACAGUGUGCCACUGCUGCCUGCUUUUUUUUUUGUGUGCUCGUUUUUGUCAAAUUAGCCUGUGUUGCUAUUUACCCUCUGUGCUAGUCCACCAUGGAGUUUAACUAGAGAGGUUAGCUUGCAGUACGUUUUACUAUUUUUAACGUGUGAGUCGGCUGAGUCAGAUUGUUUUGCACAAUACGGCGUCUGGUGAGGGAAAAACUUGCUGCUUUUACCAAAGUUACAUAAAUCCUUGUGAGAUGCCAUGAAAACAUUCAAAAGCAGACUGUGAAAUUCUUUGUGCGCUUGAAUAAAUGUUAGGUUGGCUGAAAUGUCAACAGAGUUAAAAAAAAAAAAAUGUUAUGGAGGGGAAAAAAUCAAAGUUGUGUGUCAGUGUCACAGGGUCACUUUCUCACAACACUGAAACGUGUUUCUAUGCAGAAGGUUUGAAUUUGCAUUUCCAGGUUUAGAAGUAUGGUAAAAAGAAAACUGAAAACAUAAUUAGAUUUUUUGUUUCCAGAAUUGAUUUCCUAUUCUCACAUCUAAACAAUUAAAUUAGGAAUAAAGCACUUCUUAAGUUGAUUUAAAUUUAAAUAAAGUAAAAAAUGACUGAGUUAUAAAAUUGAUUGUUUUUUUUCUCUGGCCUUACAAACACAAAUAAAAAAAUAUUUCUAGUUAUUAAUCUUAUUUUUUUUUUCCUAAAAGCAUUAAAAAAAAAAACACUAAAAAAUAACAAAAGUGGUUUUACAGGACCCUGGAGUUGCAUUCAUAAAUAUAAACACUCAAAAACGUACAAGACUGUGAUUUAACUAAAUAAUUUUGUGUAAUAUAUAAUCUGUAUUUGCUAAUUCUAAUUUUAUAUAUUUUAAAGUAGAGCUGAUUUUACCUUAAAGAUAAAAAUGAAAAUAAAUGUGACUUUUAACACACAUCACCUUGUUUAUUUUUUUUUUUACUAAAUGAUUUUAAGAACAUACGGAUAAUAAAUUCCAACCGGUUUGUUUUUGAUUGGAUUAUUUUGUGAUGAAAUAUACAGAAAAUCAUUGAAAUUGGAGUCUGUAAAAGUAUGCGUUUUUGAAUUGGACGAUGUGUAGGAACCCUGAUAACAACCUGUGUCACGGCGUGGAGGCAGGAGUUAUUUGGAGAGACGCACCGAUCCAACAUUUCUGUUUCUGAUCUUUUUGUUUUCAUACAGCUUCAACCUGCUUACACUGAUUAGAGCCAAUUUUCUUCAAGACAUACAAUUAAACAGCAUUUAAAAAAUUUCUCUUUUAUAGCCUUUCGAUCAUUAGCGGUCCUUAAUUGUUUAUUUGCUCAUGCACUUUUUCAGAGUAGUUGUUGUAAAACAGGGUUCAAAUAGUUUAAAAUGAAAAUAAAUUGAUUAGCACUAAACUGUCUUUAACAUUUUAUAUUGCCAAUUAUCAGUAUUAGCUUUACUGUUUACAGCAUUUUCUGUGUAUAGAGGAUAAGGAUCCUACCUUAACUUGGGAUUUACAAAUGGCCGACAGCAUUUCAUGUUACAGGCAAACUGAGGUUGUAAGCUUAAGCCCUGGAAAAACAGAGCAGCUUCCAACCAACAGGACUAAAGUACAAAAUGGUGAAGGGCAAAAACGACCACCACUUGCCAAAUUCUGUGUCUGCGUUGCAGCAGCCUGAAUCAACAGAUGACUCUAUAGUAAUUAGUCUAAUUUUUACUUUCUACAGCUAUUUUUUCCUUUGCUUUCUUCAAAAGAACAUCACUAAUACUGACAAUAACUUCUACUCUUCUUCCUUCAGUAACAACUUCCGUACCAAACAGUGUUGUUGUUGUUGUUGUUGUUACCGUGACCAGUCGUGCUGCGUUAGACGAUUGGAAAAGAUUAGAUUUCACAUUUUUGGUCACCGUUCAGGGCCGGUCAAGCUUAAAAAUGAGUUGAUCGUGGUAACCUGCCAAUUUUGUGUUGUAUCUUGAGUUAUUUGAGGACGUUGGGUCAAAGUGCUCACAUGCUAACAGUAAGAGAAGUUGGGUUCCCGCUGUCCACACCACCACUGGAUUGUACCUGUAGGUGUGCGCCAGAGAGUCUCGGUCAGUUUAAGCCUCAUGGCCAAGUAGUAGUCAGCUCCCGGGUUUCCACAGACCUGCCCACCUCAGUCUCACUCUGCAGGACGCUGUUGCCAUAUUAGCCCACUAUCCUUUCAUGACAAUGGCGGGUUUUCAUCAUUACCUAACCACAACUUGAAUAAAAAAAAACUGGUGAUCGCUCCUCACCUAUUAGCAGUAACGCAGUAGUGUUCCGAUCAAUGCAGUAAAGCCUGUCGGCCAGUUUCAACGGGGUGCAGUGGCAGUAAGUUGCACUUUAGCCAAGGCCAACUCAAAAAGUCAGAUCUGAUCUCACACACGUGCACACGCGGUAGUUUUUACUCCACAGUCAAAGCAGUACGGAAACUCGGCUGAUGGAUGCAUGUACAGAGAAAGUUUAAACAUUAGAAUUUUGGACAAAAAAAAAACACAGCACACAGAUCUGUUAAAGAUGUAAAUGUUGAUUUAAAGUAAAAAAAAAAAUAAAUAAAUAAAAAAUGGCCUCAAAGAUAAAAGAACAGCUUGUCUGUCGGAUGGUGACUGCUGAAUGUUUUAGCGGAUCCAUGGGUGGUGAUGCUGGGAUCUCCGCUGCCGUGCCCCUGCAAAAACCCCUCCCCGGUCUGACACCCCGCUCUGUCUCACCCUCCGAUCUGACCGCCGAUCUCCCUGCGUCCUUCGCUUCCUUCCUUCCCGUGUCCCUCGAGGCCCCCCCGGUGGAUUGGGGGAGGGGGGGGGGGGCCCGCUGGUCUGCAGGGAAACAACACUCAAGAGAACGUACAGACGAACUGGAGAUGUGGUGUUUAUAUAAAUCUAAAAAAAAAAAGAGGAUUUCAGAGAAGUCUUAUAGUGAAACUACACGUUUUAUGAUUUUCACAGAGAGAAUGUACAGUCAACAUGUUAAUAUUGUACAGUCUGGAAAUCUAAAUGACAAAUCAAGGCAAAUUGAACAUGCGAUGAGGGCACAACGCCGUGGCUUUACAGUUGCUGUAGUUAAAACAAGUGUUUGCUGAGUUUUCACUUGUUCUGUUUGCAGCUGCUACACUUUUGUUUUUUUUCUUUUUUCGGUUGUGAAUUUUAGGUCGGAAUGCCCCAAGGAAGUGGCAACGGUUUGUUUAAAAGUGUGUGAGGAGGAUUUUUGCACAUCAUUUCAACCCUUUUCUCCUUUAGCUCUGUCUGUGUAAAACUGACAAUGUUCUACCAGGUAGACACUCAGGCCUAAAGUAAGCUGUUGUCCUUAAAAUCAAAAGUAAAACUUAAAUGCUACAGAACGCACUCUACAUCCUGAAAUAGUUUCCAAAUUGUUGCACAAGGCUGACCGUUUUUUUCUUUUUUUAGUAAAAGGUUACUUUAAGUCUGGCCUUACUCGGGCUUAAUUUUUGAGACAUGCAUUACUUGUUUAAAGCCUCUUUUCAACAAAUUGUCUGCAUUUAAAUCGAAGCAACAGAAAUUAUGCCCCCAUUCUGUCAAAACAUUAAAAAAAAUUCAGUUUAGAAAUAUAAUUUAUACCCACAACAGUAUUUUUUAUUUUUUAAAGCUGUCUGUUGAGGGUCAAACAAACUGCAGAGUUUUAAAUCUAUUUACCAUUGACUUUUUUUUUUGCAAGGCAGUGGGGGCAGAGUCUAGCUUUAGUCUAGCUUUAGACAUUGGUCACUCUGAACUGGAUCGGUAGCACUGAUUGCACAAGUAGCUGACCAGUUUUACGAGUCUACUGUGACAGCCCUCCCCGCUUCCUCCUCCUGAAGGGGGCAGCUGCCGUGGGCUGGAAGUAGGUGGAAGGCCGGUUUACUUCUCUGUACAGUCUGUUUAUCAGUAUUCCUUUUCUCCCUUCCUGUCAUAUUUGGUGAAUCUUGCUGUUUUAUUCUCCCUGGUCCAGAGAUCUGUAUAAAACUGUAUUAAAGUGUAUAGUUUGUGCAAAUAAAAAUACAAAUUAAAAAAAGCUGAAUGUUGCAUAGCAGAAGAGAAUAGAUAUUCCUUCAGGUGAAAAAAUGAGUGAUUUAAAAUCUAUAAAAGAAAUUCAGAUGCAAAGUUUAGGGGAUAAAUGUAAUAUUUUGUUUGUAAUUACUAUUUUUUGUGUUGGAAGAGGGCUACUGGAUAAAGAAUCACCUGUAAUAAAGUAAUUUUAAUAUUU